GACUUCAUAGCAAGCUCAACUUCGCUCCUUUAUACAAUCUCCAGUGAGUCGUGAGUCGUAUUUGUGUUCCUUCUCCGAUUCAUUGCUGAUGCCCAUCCGAAGAAUGGAGCAGAUACAGCACAAGCACAUCGACAUAAGAGGACUCAAGCAUCAUGUUGCCGAGAUUGGAAAAGGUUCUGUUGUGGUGGUUUUCUUGCAUGGAUUCUGUGAGAUAUGGUACACAUGGAGACAUCAGUUGAUAGCAGUCGCGGAUGCUGGAUUCCGGGCAAUCGCUCCUGAUUGCAGAGGUUACGGACUCUCCGAACAGCCUCCAGAACCUGAAAAAGCAUCUUUCAUGGACCUUGUUGAAGAUCUUCUCGCCAUGCUUGAUUUGUUUGGCAUUCCAAAGGUUUUCCUUGUCGCCACGGAUUUUGCAGUCCUUACAGCUUCGCUAUUUGCAAUCCUUCAUCCAGAAAGGUUGCUCGGAUUCAUAACAUUAAGCGUGCCAUUCCUCAUUCCUGGUCCACACGCAGUCCGCCAAGAUCUCCUCCCUGAAGGUUUCUACAUAUCGAGGUGGCAGGAGCCUGGAAGAGCCGAAGCUGAUUUUGGACGGUUCGACAUCAAGACUGUAGUGCGUAAGCUUUACAUUCUCUUCUCCCGAAGCCAACUCCCAAUAGCUGGGGAACAUCAGGAGAUCCUGGACCUGGUUGAUCCAUCCAGUCCUUUACCGCCCUGGUUCACAGAUGAUGAUCUGACAGCAUAUGCAGCGUUAUAUGAGAAAUCCGGAUUCCGCUUUCCAUUGCAAGUGCCAUAUAGGACGCUGAAGGAAGAACUGAGGGUAACAGACCCCAAAGUUCAGGUUCCUGCACUGCUGAUCAUGGGUGAGAAGGACGUUGUCCUCAAUUUCCCAGGAAUUGAGGAUUACAUAAAGAGUGGAAAGGUGAGGGACAAUGUCCCAGAUUUGGAGAUCACAUUCAUUCCUGAAGGAUCACACUUCUCUCAGGAACAGUUUCCAGACCAGGUGAAUCAGCUCAUCAUCAGCUUCCUCAACAAGUACUCUACUGCAGGAAAGUAAUGGUAGUAUUCCCUCUUUACAUGUUUGUUUGGAUACUUGGGAUGGUCAUCUAGUGGUAUGGAUAAAUCAUAGUCUCAUGACGGCCUGUUUUAUGAAGUUUGAUUUUCACCUUGGACUGCAGGAUUAUGAAAUGGAAUUUCAGAUGCCUUA